AUGCUGACGACUGGAGGGGAGGGAACCGAUGAUAGGCAAGGUCUCAUCGCAGUCAACUACCCCGCCCGCGCGGCCGGGAUAGGAAGGCACUGCAACGUCGCAGAGGCCAAGAAGCUCUGCCCGGAUCUGAUAGCCCAGCACGUGGCCACCUGGAGAGAGGGCGACGACAAGUGGGCGUACCGCGACGACGCGGAGGCCAACGUGGUCAAGGACAAGGUAUCGCUGGACCCCUACCGUCUCCAGUCGCGCAGGAUCCUGUCCCUGAUCAAGCAGACGCUUCCCGCCCGGCUUCAGCGGGUCGAAAAGGCCAGCAUAGACGAGGUGUACCUCGAUCUGUCGGCCCAGGUGCACGGCACCCUGCUGGAGCGGUACCCGGCCGAGCUGGGCGGCCCGCCGCCCUACAACGACCCGGCUGAGCAGCUUCCCACGCCGCCAGUGUCGGCGCUGGACUGGCAGGCUGACGCGCUCGUGGACCUGGACGGCGAGGGCCAGGAGUCGGCCGACCCGGACUGGGACGACGUGGCGCUCCUGGUGGCGUCGGAGAUUGUGCGCGACGUGCGCGCCCGCAUCCGCAGCGACCUGGGAUACACCUGCUCGGCCGGGGUGGCGUGCAACAAGCUGCUCAGCAAGCUCGGGUCGGCGUACAGGAAGCCCAAUCAGCAGACCGUCAUCCGCAACCGCGCCGUCGACGUCUUCCUCUCGGGCUUCAAGAUCACCAAGAUGCGCAACCUGGGCGGCAAGUUGGGCGAGCAGGUCGUUACGACCUUCGGGUCCGACGAGGUGGCCCAGCUCCGGGCCGUGACGCUCGACCAGAUGAUGCUCAAGCUCGGCCACGAGACGGGUCUCUGGGUCCACAACUCUGUCAGGGGCAUCGACAUGUCCCCUGUCAACCCGCGCACCCAGAUCAAGUCCAUGCUGUCAGCCAAGUCGUUCCGUCCCGCUAUAGACUCGGUCGACCAAGCCGUCAAGUGGAUCCGCAUCUUCGCCGCCGACAUCUACACCCGUCUGCUGGAGGAGGGCGUCCUGGAGAACAGGCGGCGCCCGAGGUCGAUCAACCUGCAUCACCGUCGGGGUGGGCAGAUGCAUUCCCGCCAGGGCCCAAUCCCCGGAGGCACGACAAUCACACAGGAAGGCCUGUUCGACCUAGCGCAGGAUUUGCUCCGCCAGAUCGUCGCCUCCGGGGGGAGCAGCGUAUGGCCCUGUGAGAACCUCAGCCUGAGCGUCGCAGGAUUCGAGGACGGCGUCAAGGGAAACAUGGGCAUCGGAGCAUUUCUCGUCAGGGGUCAGGAGGCUCUUGCUGUCAAUACUGCCACGGUCACUGCCACUUCUAUGGAAUCAUCGCAUUCACACCCUGCACGAGCAUCAUUCACGUCCGAUCCGCCCCCCACAUCUACCACGGCCUCUAGGAAACGCCGCAUCGAUGAUGGCGGGGGCAUACAACGCUUCUUUUCAAAGAAGCCCAUCGCCGUCGAGUCUAGAGAAGCUUCCCCCGCACAACCACUACCUCCUCCUGAUGGCGGGGAAGCAUGGGGUGCAGAAUCAGCAACAGAAGCAGAACCAAAAGCAGAAGCAGAAGCAGAAGCAGAAGCAGAAGCAGAAGCAGAAGCAGAAGCAGAAGCAGAAGCGGAAGCAGAAGCAGAAGCAGAAGCAGAAGCAGAAGCGGAAGCGGAAGCGGAAGCAGAAGCCAAAACUAAAUCACGUACUCGUACAGCCGCAGUUGCAGAUGACGAUUCCAUCCGCUGUCCUCGCUGCGGCCAAGUAUUCGUCGACGAUGACCCUCGAGACCUGCAGAGCCACGCGGACUGGCAUAUGGCCAAGGACCUGGCCGAAGAGGAUGAACGUGGCAGCGCCGCAUUCGCCACCGCCGCUACCGCUGCCACCGGCCCUCCUCAGCCUAUACCAUCUCGCAGCUCAGCUUCCAGGGAUUAUCCCACACGAGACGAUGUUGAUAAAAAGAAGAAUGCGCCUGUGGUAGGCCUCCCCUCUCUUCCCAUCUGCCAUAUUGUCGGUAGACGACAGCGGAGAGCUAGACAAACCAAGAGAUUUGAGAAGUCACCAUCCAGGUGCUACCGAGAUGGAGUAAGUCGACCAAUACAGCAACCUGUCCCUCUGAAACGGUCAUCUCCUAUCGCAUUCCAUCCCCUCAUCCGGAUGCUAACCGCCGUUUACUCUGGUAUCAGGGCUGCAACCUCCCAGACCCUCCUGUUCCUCGUCGGGGCGGACAAGAAAGAGUUCCGCAUCCACUCCUUUUACAUCUUCAAGCACUCAACUCUUCUGAAGAAAACCUUCAUCAACUCCGCCUGGGACAAGCCCAGAGAUGUGGCCGAAUUCCUCGACAUCGAGCCUUUGACGUUUCUCAGCUUUUGGCAGUUUGUCUACACGGGGGAUUACGAUGACCCUUCGGAUGGGCCAGAGCCGCCGGAAGUGCCAGAGCCGCCAGAGCCAGAGCCGGAAGUGCCAGAGUUGGACGAUCCAGUAGAGCCAGAGCCGCCAGAGCCAGGGCUAGAGCCGCAGCCAAUUCCGGACGAUGAUCUUGCUCCGGCGAUUAAUGAACGCAUUUACCUCUCAAAAAAGGAUAAGAAAAAGGCACGAAAGGGGCUGGCUAGAAAGAAGGAGGGGAGGAAGGAGGAGAGGGGAUAUGCGUGCAAGCUACUCUUGGACGACCUAGAAGCUGAUAAUGCGCUCAUGAAAGAAUCGCUCGCCGGUACCUUCAAAAAUCAGGUGUGGUUGAGCGAUUUCAUAAGAAGCUGGGAAGAUCCCUACUCACCGCGCAAUGUCUCCGUCUCAUCGACCCCUGUUCCAUCGAAAUCACCUCUCCAUCACGCCAAGGUCUACGUCAUGUCGACGCGCUACAAGAUCGUCGGGUUGAUGAACACCUCCUUUGGCAAGCUGCACCAGGCCUUGAUCAGUUACAACUUAGCUGAGAGCGGCCACGACGGAAUCAUGGUGCUUCUGGAAUACUGCUUCACGCAUCCGGCCCCCGAAGAGUUGAAGAGGCUUGUGGCGCACUGGGCCGCCUGCAGCAUCGAGCAGCUGUGGGCAUAUCCCGAGUUUCAAACACUGAUCAAGGACCAUGGAGAACUAGCCACGGCCACCAUACGAAAGCUACUCCGGCGUAUCAACUGA